GCUGGUUGUUUCAGUCAGCGAACUCCGCUCGGGAUUGAAAGCGAUUUAGUGCAAACGAAAGUUAAAAUUAGAAUUGAAGCUGAAUGAAAGCAGUCCGGGUUGGGUCCCCGCACCUGUUCCGACUGAAACCUGGAGAUGUCACCCUGUUCGAACUACUCUAAAUCCGGCAGUUAGAGUGAAUUAACUACCUAGCUUUUUAGCGGCGCAGACCACCAAACUGCUGCUGCUAACGGCGGCUAACCCCUCUCCUCCCCUUUAACUGCCACCAGUGUAGUUUUUUUUUUUUUGCCAAAUGAGAAGCGCUGCCAGCUGCUGAGCUUCUUAACAAUCCAAAAAAAAAGUCAGGUUUGGUUUGUUUUCAACAUGGCUCAUAUUCAUUAUAAGUUUUCGUCCAAACUGAGCUACGACACGGUGGUUUUUGACGGACCGAACAUCUCGCUGACUGACUUGAAGAAGCAGAUCAUGGGCAGGGAGAAGCUCCGAGCCGGGGACUGCGACCUGCAAAUUAUAAACGCACAGACCAAAGAAGAGUUCACGGAAGAUGAUGGUCACAUACCCAAAGGAUCCUCUGUCAUAGUCAGGAGAAUCCCCAUGAUAGGAGGAAAGUCAAGCUCAAACAGCAAGACCAACCACAAAUUGCCUACUUUCAAGAUGACCACACAGGAGCCAUUUUAGCCCAAGGUCUGAGAGAUACACUGGAGUCAGUGGGACUGCAAGAAUGCCACCUAGUCUGUGUCACCACAGAUAAUGCCACUAACAACAUCGCUGCAAUGGAACUGAAUGAAUGGGAAC